GUUUCUUCUUUGAGGCCCUCCUCGGUUUCCCCUUCAUGAAUAAAUGAAGUAGUUCGUGCAGACUUUUCACUCCCUCUUUCGGAAAGUUCCUCUUCUCUUCUUUAGUCUUCAUUCUCGUAAUCCGGCAUCUGGGCUUCUGUUCCUAAGUGGGUGUGUCAGCAAAGCGCGGUUCUUGUGCAGAGUCGGGGGAAAGAGCGGAAAAGUUGAGUAUGAGUUUAGUCUGAAAUCGGGUCCGGAGCUCCAGGAUGGCCGUGUGGACCCGCGCGGAGCGAAGUGGGCAGCUGGACCUCCUGCUGCGGGACCGCUGGGUCCGCGUUUCCGCCGAACUCACGCGGGACACUUUGACUCUAACGGCCGAGGCGGAGCUCGGUGGACCCGGGGGCGCCGCGGACCACAGCUCUCCGGCGGGCCUGCGGGGUGCUGUGUCCAACGGGAACCAGCUCGGAGCGUCUCCGGAGAACUCUAACCGCGGCCAGAACGCGAGCUCCCCGCAACCGAACCACGGCGCCCUGAGGCGGAGCGGCAGUCCGGCCCGCGGGGGCGUCGCCCGGGGCCACUAUGACGGCGGUUACGGCUUCGGCACCCCGGGAUCCGGUAAGCUACCAGUGGACAACGGCACGAACUCGGAUGUGGGCAGCCCAAGUUCGAGCUACGGCAGCCCCGGCUCCAGCUUCAGCUCCAGGCACGGAGAGCCGACCCUGGAGGGCGGCGGACCGGAUCAUGGGGUGAGAAGAGUGCGGGUCGUGAAGCAGGAGUCCGGCGGGCUGGGCAUCAGCAUUAAGGGCGGCCGGGAGAACCGCAUGCCCAUCCUCAUCUCCAAAAUCUUCCCCGGACUGGCAGCAGACCAGAGCCGCGCGCUCCGCGUAGGGGACGCCAUCCUGUCCGUGAACGGCAGCGACCUGCGGGACGCCACGCACGACGCGGCGGUGCAGGCGCUCAAGAAGGCCGGCAAAGAGGUGACGCUCGAGGUGAAGUACAUCCGUGAGGUGUCUCCACUCUUUAAGAAGCCCUCCCUGGUAGCGGACCUGCCCUGGGAUGGAGUUCGGGAUGGGGUGCGGGUACAGUCCCCCACCUUGGGCAGUAGUGAGGAAUCUGGUUCACCAACACACCGAGCAGGUGUGGCCAAAGACAGAAAAGUCAUACCUUUGAAGAUGUGCUUCAUCUGUCGCAACCUGACCAUGCCUGACCUGGAGAAUAGGCUCCUGGAGCUCCAUUCUCCAGAUGGACUGCACACAGUGGUACUGCGCUGCAAGGAUGGUUCCACCGCUCACUCCUGGUUCACAGCCAUCCACACCAACGUGGCAGCACUGCUCCCUCAGACGCUGGCUCACAUCAACACCAUUCUCGGCUCUCAUCGGCAGCUCAAACACAUUGGCUGGCUGGCAGAACAGAUCCAGUUGGAUGGCGGACGACACCAGUAUAGACCCGUUGUCAUGGCACUGACAGAGAAAGACAUCAUGCUGUUUGAAUCUGUUCCCUGGACACAUGAAGCCUGGGCCACACCUCUACUUACACACCCGCUUCUAGCAACCAGGCUGGUUCACUCGGGCAGUGCCCGUAGCUCUCCAGCGUUAGGGGCAGAACUGGUAUUUGCCAUUCGCUCGGGGACAUCACGUGGCAUAGAGUCUCAUGUGUUCCGGGUGGAGACCCACUGGGACCUGUCCUCCUGGACCCGGGCACUGGUACAGGGGAGCAAUGCUGCUGCUGAGCUCAUCAAGGAGGUCUCUAUUGGCUGCGUCCUAAACAGACAGGAUGUCCGUCUGACGCUGCACUAUGAAAAGGGUUUCAUUGUGACCCGCGAGGUGGACGAGCCUCUGGCUGGCACCGUGCUCUUCCGCUACCCCUUCGAGAAGCUCAAAAUGUCAGCCGAUGAUGGGAUCCGCAACCUCUACUUGGAUUUUGGGGGACCGGAAGGGGAACUGGCCUUUGACUUGCACUCGUGCCCCAAACCGGUGGUGUUUGUGCUUCAUUCCUUCCUGUCAGCCAAACUGACGCGUCUGGGGCUGCUGACGUGAGCAGGAGGUCAGGGGUGAACACGGAUAUUCUCUGUUGCCCUGGACCAUGAAUUACAAACUUUUUCUAUGCGAUAUGGCUAUGUGACCCUUUCUCUGUGUGUGUGUUUGAGUGAGAGAGGACAUGAAUGUGACUUUUUGAAUUGAUUCCUGCUUUUUAACAUUAACCCAAAUUUUGGGUUGUGUGUAUAUAGUCACCAAAUGUGCCUUUAUCUAAAAGAACAAGAAAAAUGCUUUUUAAAAUGUGCCAUGUUUGCUGUAUUAAGAGGCCAUAGUAUUAAACAGUAAGAUUUGGAUAAUAUGCACAGGAAUAUUAAGAUACAUAUAUUUUUAUAUUUCCAUUUUUUAUGCUUUGCAUGAUUAAAGACUACAUUUUCUGCAAGCUUGUAUUAAUUGAAAAGCUUAAAAAUAGGAACCACCAUUAUUGUGGAUUUCUGACUGAAAAGGUUAAGAUGCCCAGCUGACCUACAAUCUCAGCCCAUUCCUGAAGUGUCUACAGUGUUAUACCCAUAAUCCCUUGGAUGUAUUAGAGCCUCUUCCUCUGUAUGCAUAGUUUCUCAAUGCCGUUUUAAGCAUUGUCUGCCAAACCACUUCUCUGUCAUGUCCUGUCUUGAACUGUCCCGAAUUUAAGCACCUGAAAGCAUGUAAACUCGCGCUUGAACACUGGAUCUAGUUAUAAGCCACUAAUUACCCUUCAGGCCUGUGGUAUUUUAUGUAGACAACACUGCCCCUAGUGGUCACUGGUUGUAGUUUGUGUUUCAGCAGCAGGCUGCAUUGUGGCAUAAAAUACAAGUGUUGGAAACUGUUCACACUCUAGCUGAUUAUGAUGUAAACCAACUUUAUUUCAUUUAUUUUUAACGACAAAAGAUGUAUUUCUAAUUGAAGCAGUUGUUUCUGUUGAAUGUUUCAUACUACUUGAUUGUAUUGCAUCCUGUAAGGGUUUUUAUAAAACCGAGCAGGAUUGGGGGUGCUUUUUGCUUCCUAUGUGAAAACAAGAAAUUCUGAUUUUAGGGUGACUGAACCAGUAGCGUAAUAACUUGUAAGGUAUUUUGGGGGGGAUGGGGGUGCAAGAAUAUAACCAAUUGCACUGGGAGGAGUUGUAUACAAAUACGGGGGGGCAUGUGUCCCCCUCCCUUUUGGCAAAGGUGUGAUUGGAAUCCACUGUUAUACAUCUCCCAGAUUCUUUGCUUUAAAAAGAUAAAAAUCAAGGAGUUUCUAUGCAAUACCUUUAAGAUGUGGUUUAACUGUGGGGGUGUGUGCCUUUAUACCACAAUUCUACAGACAAAAAAAAAAAAAAAAAAUCCUGUCCAGAUUUUCACUGGAGGCAUUAAGCAGUAGAAAUGUCUUAAUGGCACAGCAGUUACUUCUACAAGCUUUUUCAAAAGGGUCAUAACUGAAGGAAACAUCCAUACCAUUAAAUUUAGUCUGAGGUAAAUGUAUAUUUUUGUGUUGUGUAAUGUUACCAAGUGUUAUUCUUCAGCUUUGUUCCUUUAUAAGUAUUGCAUUUUAUGUUCACCUGGGUUUUAGGCAGGGCCCAAUCCUGGCAGUAUUUUUUUUUUUUUGUCCUGUUUUAGUACAUACAGUAUAUCUUUAUUUAGGUCACUAGGAACUAAAUGUUUUGCUGUGCAACAUAAGUGAUCCAUUUAUGUUCCUUCACACUAAAUCCAGAUAAUCUAUUAAAAUGUAAAAAAAAAAAAAAAAAAACCUAAUAUGAGCAUACUGGUAAUAUAAAUCCUCAGGCAAAAGCAACUAAUUAGUGUAUUAAUACAUAAUCAUAGUGGGUCUGCUCAGUUCUUAUCCGAGUAGUGUAUACUGAAAAAGCUAUUUAACUGUGCCACACCAUUUCAACUAUACAGGUGCUUGCAUAGUUUUGCCUUCUGUUAUGCUUUUAGUAUAUUACUACAGUUAUUGCAGUGUUUUGUUCUUUCUGUAACUUAUUUUGGCAAAGAAGUUUUGACAUUUAAUGGGAAGCUUUCGAAACCAAAGAUUCUCAGCAGUUUGCACCCUUUGCAAUCGUGUACCGCACUCGGAAAGGAUGCGCUGCAGCACACUCCUUUAAAACUUUUUGCAUUACUUUAAAUCUGCACUCUUUCAAGAUAUACGAAAUAUAUGGCACUAUUGCAAUGUUAUAUUCUAAAACUGUAAAUAUGAAUAAAAUAUCACUUUUCUUUGCA